AUGGCUGAGAAGGAAAAACCAGGAGAGGCAACAGGUGGCCCUUCACAAUCGGAAAGAGAGGGGCAAUUAACGAAGGAGCUUAUCAGGAAACUUCACUAUUUAACUAACCAAGGACACCAAGAAGAAGUGAUGGCUGUUCUCACAAAUCUGUCUAGCGAUAUCUUACAAACGUUGAUUGAUGCAAAAUCCUCCUCGCAAAUUUCGAUUCUCCAUGGUUGUAAGGUUUAUGUGGAUGGGGUUCUGGAACCUACUUCAUACGCUUCUCUUAGGAGCAAAAUUAAGAUGAAUAUCCCAUCUUUCUUGAGCAAUGUGGAUUGGAAAACAAUCAUGGGAGCAUUGAGAAAUCAAACGGACCAUGUGGUGUGCUGGUCCAUCGUCAUCAGUGAGCUCAUCCGAGCCAUCAGACUAAUCUGUCAACGUGAGACCGACGAGAAUAUUCUAUAUUCUCCUCAAGACAUGAUAGAUUUUGUGGAUCCACAGAUGAGAAGAACGACUCGCGAGGACCAUUACUGUUACCCAAACUCCUUGAAGAAUGGACUCAACUAUGUACGCGACAAUGGAAUACAAAGAGAAGAAGAUCGACCCUUCAUUGGCUGCUCUGCGGAUCAACCAGAUAGUUACCGUAACCCGGCUAACCUCACAUUUACCAAACGCCACAAAACAGCUCUUUCGAUUGACCAAAUGUUUGGUGCACUAAAAGAAGGUCCUAUUGGAGCAUCUUUGGCAAUUUUUCAGCCCGAGUUUAGAAAACGGGCAAAGGAGAUGUAUCGUGGAGCUGAGAGUCCCAGUUCUCGAUUAGUUAGUUCGCACUCGGUGUCCAUUGCGGCUGUAGGUGAAGAGAAUGGCGAACGAUUUGCAUGGGUGAGAUCAAGUGAAGGAGAUAAAGUGGGGCAUAGUGGAUACUAA